UUAUGACUUGUGAGUUGAUGACUUGGUAGAGUUAUUUGAUAUAUAGUAUAUUUUAAGUAGUAUAUUAACGUAGUAUAUUUUUAAGUAGUAUAUUUCAAACGUACGUUCUAAAUUUCUUGACUGUCCCCCCAGCGUGAGUUCUUUUUGCGCGUGAGUUUGGAUCAAUCUUUGCUGAAAUCAGUUGAAACUAUUGUUUUGAUGGCUUGAAUAGUGAAGAAGGUUUUACAAAAAUUUUAAAAGAGACAUGAUGAAGUCAACUUCCCAAAGGACAGUACUACCGCCUGCAUUGGUUUGCAUCUUUGUGGUGGUGUGCUCCUUUUUUGUAUUGUUAACAUACUACAAACCCAACAUCAACUCAGUGUUGUGCAUGGACAGAGAAGCAAAUGAGAAUGCUACCUGUGUCUGCCAAAAUGGGCUAAAUCGAGAGGGGAAUCAGACUGAGGUCCCAGGCCAAACCACACCACAACCCCAGAAGACAGGCAAGCAGAACUCCCAAGUAAUCCUCAGAGCUGACAAUUCAGAACCGGACACUAUUCUCCUGAUCUGGAUGUGGCCAUUUGGACAAUCUUUUGACCUUCAUUCAUGUGCUGAUUUCAAUGUUCAAGGUUGUCGCUUGACAGACAACAAGAGCCUUUAUAAUAAUGCACAUGGAGUCAUCUUUCAUCACCGGGACAUCCAUGAAGAUCUGGGCAACAUGCCACAAAAUCCACGUCCCUUGUUCCAGAAAUGGGUGUGGUUCAAUGCUGAAUCACCUGCCAACUCUAAAAGAUUUCCCAAGUUGGAUAACCUGUUUAAUAUGACCUCAAAUUAUCGACAGGACUCCUCUGUACCUGUUCCUUAUGGAUCCUUAGUUGAGGUAACAGCUGUGGACAAACACUUUGAGCUGCCAAAGAAGAAUACAUUGGUGUGCUGGAUUGUGAGCAACUGGCACCCAUCCUUCAGAAGAGUUGAGGUCUACAAUGAGCUGAGUAAGCAUGUCAAAGUAGAGGCCUAUGGACAACACUUUGGUACAUACGUAAACAACGAAAACUAUACAAAAAUAAUUUCUGGAUGCAAAUUUUACCUGUCCUUUGAAAAUUCAGUCUUCCAAGACUACAUCACUGAGAAGUUGUACAAUGCCAUGAGUUUGGGAGCUGUCCCAGUAGUUUUGGGCCCAUCCAGGCAAAACUAUGAGGAAUUCAUUCCAGCGGACUCUUUUCUUCAUGUGGAUGACUUCCCCAAUCAAAAGGAACUGGCAGAUCGGCUGCUUUUCCUUGACAAGAAUGAUGGAGAGUACAUGAAGUACCACAGCUGGAGGAAAAACUAUAAAGUUAAGGGAUGGUAUUUUGGACUACAACAUGCAUGUCGAUCAUGUGACUACAUUAGACGGGAGAAAAUAUACAAAACUAUUAACAAUCUAAUUCAAUGGUAUUGGGGCUGACCAGGCUGUUUGUAGUAAUCAAAAUGUUCAGGGGCGCCAUAUAGGGAGGAAAAGUUAGGACGAUUCUAAGGGCCCCCAACUGACAGGGGCCUCAAAAAACAGGUAAAAACUCAUAUUAAAUUAUAUACCUGAUAUAUCAUAUAAACCAUCAUCAUUGAGUAUAUAUAGUAUAUAUUUCAAAUAAAAUAAUACAAUUAAUGAUCUUUUUGUUUUUACUUGUGUUUGGCAAUCAAAGUUAAAUAUCCCCAUUGACCAAAAAGUAAACAUCCAUAUUGACCGACCACCCCCCUGUAUUGGCAUGAAAUGGUCUGUUCCUGCUUGACGGUGUUUAGUUGCAGUCAGUAGAUACGCUAGUCGCCAGAAAUAGUGAUCACAAUGUCGCCUAGUAAACAUAAAUCGGGUUUUCAAAAAAAGAUCAGAGAAAAAAGAGAGAGGAAAGACAAAUUAGGUUUUUAAUCUGUAACCCAGUUGUUCACCAAAAAAGGUGGGUAGCCAGUGUAGCGGGGUUUGCUCGUUUAAAGAUAGAAAUACUUAAUUUAUCAUAAAGUCUGGGGCACCACCCUAAUAUUGGUUUAGGACAUUAGGGAAUCCUAUGUUUAAUAUGUAAUAAUAAGUCUCAUCUUUAGGAAUGAAUUUAUUCUAAGAGUAGAGCCAAUCGUAACAUCAGUGAACACGCACGUCAAAAUAUCUUUACAAUGAAUUUAUUCAAGUAAGGUAAACAGAUCUUAUGAAAAGUUGGAUUAUGGGUUUGAUAUGAGAGAUUGGUUUCAAUGAACAGAAUGAAAUGGUCUAACUUAAAGAAAGGCAGAAAUUGUACAGUCAGUGAUUACAUCCUUACAAAUCAUAAACAGAGCUCACGCCAAUGCCAUGUCGAGGAGGAAAGAGCGUUAGCCAUAGUUACGUUUGAUCAGGGGUUGAUCAAUGAUGUUGAGGGCGGUUUGCGCCAAAGGUCCAUUUGAAGAAUCUGAAGUCACAGCGCGGCUGCGCUGGGUCAUGUGACUGAGUCUGCGGGAUCUCAGUGAAGUCGCAUUUGGAAUUGCGUUUUUGGUUCUUCUGUUGAAACGUCCAGAUAGUGUCGCGAUCACUAUAAAGUUGAAUCUCAGGAGAAGCUUGGCGACGUCCUUGGAACGCCAAUCCUGAUGGCGUUCAUGCCAUGGUCGGUUUCGCUGGAGUCCGAGAUUGAUGGUCAUCUUAGGGCUUUAUACAGUUCGAGGGAGGACCCGUCUGGGGUCAGAUGUGGAUUGGGGGAAGCUGGGUUCUCAACUCCCCCCUCCUUCCUUCACACCUACCAAAGGUGUGAUCUGAUCUCUGGCUGGUUCAUUCGAUUGGUUCAAAUAUUGUUCUGGACAUCUUGGUACAGUUACAAAAUAUAGUUGAAUGAUUGUUUUAUUAUGAUAGCUUCAUGUAGAUACCAAGAAUGACGUGGUUAUCUUUCAGGAAGAAGGAGUUGUUACUAGAAUCAAGAUUUCAGUGAACACAACAUUAAAACAAAGUAACAAACAUAACACAAAUAUCCCUCUCAUAAUUCUCCACCUUGUACUCUUGUGGUAAAGUCUCAAGAACUUUCCUCAAAAGUUCUGAUCAAGGUAUGUUCUUUGUUCAAAUCGCCGCCGAAACGGAUAGCAAAUGGUCGCUGGAGACGUGUUGUCUAAAUCAGGUCCUUUGAAGCUUGCAAGCUAGAGGGCUGAUUUGGUAGAUUGGGGAGGUCGUCCCCCCAUUCUAUGGUUCCUUUGCAUCGGCGUUUGGUGGGUAAUCAGCAUACUGAGGGUGUCACAAGGGCUGAUUCUGAUGUGAUUGAAUCACUCUUCAGGUGUGGCAAGAUGUUGGCUCCGUGUGGUCUUGUGGACCUCACUACACCAGUAGUCUGUGGUAUUAAAGGGGUCAUUGAUUGCAAAACCGAAUUUACCUUGUCACAGUUGAAUAAUGACAAUUCAGUGGGUAAAAUGGACAUACAGUGAACCUCUAAGUCCAUUGACACAUCUUUCCUAUGCAAAUUUAACAAUAAAAAAAAAAUAGCUGUAAAACGGUAGGUUUUGAAAAAGCCACUGAACUGACGUCAAUUCUGUGGCUCCACCUUUUUGGCUCUGGUCUGUAGCUUUUGUCUCGCCCCAAAAUUUGCUGCGCGCUGUUCUGUGUACUUCCACGGAAAUACAAAGAAGAACGUUUUUCGAAUUUGGGACAACAUAUUAGGGUAUCAAAUGAAAUAUGUCAAUAGUUUAGUCAUAAAUAACCUGAUUAAAAGUGAAAAAGUCACAUUUAUAACAACACAAAACCUAAGUGAUGUAUCCUAGGCAAUUUUUAGCAGAAGGAAUUAGAGGCCAAGGUUGCUAACCGUCAGAGCUGUGUGUAGUGGGCCUUGUAAUUUGGGUCAGAUUAUUUUAUGUCAAUAAUAUCCUGAAAAAUUAGUAAUAAUAAAAGCCAUGUUUUUAAAACAUUGAAGUAAAAGCAUAUUCAGGCCUUGUGUGGUAGACUCCCGGAACUUCCGGGAGACUUGGGAUGUCUGUUAAGUGAGCUAUCAAGCAGUAAACCUAUCUUACUGUUAAUGUAUGUAGGUGUAGACUAUUCUGCACUUUGCCUAAUCUACAAAUUGUUCUCAUUUAAACAUGAAACUAAUUCAUUUUGCGGAAUAGAAUGGCACCCAGGAAAGAGACAGACAGACCAAGGCAGAGUGAAGUGCAAGGGAGAGUGAACAAACAGGGAAAAGUAAAGGGCAAGUACAACAUGUGGAAGGAGAACAGAAUGAAGGGAGCAUUGCAGGAGUACAGAUAACUGGAAAGUGCAGGCAACAGACCUAAGCUCCGUUAUCUUGCCAGGGCCUGGAAUGUCCCAAAAUCCACCCUCCAAA